ACUAGAGCUCCGCCGCGCCGGCCUCGCCGCCACCGUCCCCCCCGCCCCCGCCGCCCCGAACCGCCGCCGCCGCCGCCGCGGGCGCGCCCCCGCUCUGCGCUGUCUCCGAUGGCGUCCGCCUCCGGGGCCAUGGCGAAGCACGAGCAGAUCCUGGUCCUCGACCCAGCCUCCGACCUCAAAUUCAAAGGCCCCUUCACAGAUGUAGUCACUACAAACCUUAAAUUGCGAAAUCCAUCGGAUAGAAAAGUGUGUUUUAAGGUGAAGACCACAGCACCUCGUCGGUACUGUGUGCGGCCCAACAGUGGAAUCAUUGACCCAGGGUCAAUUGUGACUGUUUCAGUAAUGCUGCAGCCGUUCGAUUAUGAUCCAAAUGAAAAGAGUAAACAUAAGUUCAUGGUACAGACGAUUUUUGCUCCACCAAAUAUUUCAGAUAUGGAAGCUGUGUGGAAAGAGGCAAAACCUGAUGAAUUAAUGGAUUCUAAACUGAGAUGUGUGUUUGAACUGCCGAAUGAAAAUGAUAAACUGAACGAUACGGAGCCCAGCAAAGCUGUUCCCCUGAACGCAUCCAAACAAGACGGACCCCUGCCAAAGCCGCAUAGCGCCUCCCUCAGCGACACGGAGACCAGGAAGCUGAUGGAGGAGUGCAAGAGACUUCAGGGGGAGGUGAUGAAGCUGUCAGAGGAGAACCGGCACCUCAGGGAUGAAGGCUUGAGACUUAGAAAGGUAGCACACUCGGAUAAACCGGGGUCCACCGCAGCUGCGUCCUUCAGAGACAACGUCACCAGCCCUCUUCCUUCUCUUCUGGUUGUAAUCGCAGCCAUUUUCAUUGGAUUCUUUCUAGGGAAAUUCAUCUUGUAGAGUGAAGCAUGCAGAGUGCUAUUUCUUUUUUUUCUCUCGACCAGAAAAAGAUUUGUUUACCUACCAUUUCAUUGGUAGUAUGGCCCGCGGUGACCAUUUUUUUGUGUGUACAGCGUCAUAUAGGCUUUGCCUUUAAUGAUCUCUUACGGUUAGAAAACACAAUAAGACAAACUGUUCGGCUACUGGACACAUUGUACAUUGUCAGAUCAUCACUAGCAGAUGCCAGUUGCACAUUCAGUCCUUUAUGAAAUUCAUAAAUAAAGAAUUGUUCUUUCUUUGUGGUUUUAAUAAGAGUUCAAGAAUUGUUCAGUCUUGUAAAUGUUAUUUUAAUAAUCCCUUUAAAUUUUAUCUGUUGCUGUUACCUCUUGAAAUAUGAUUUAUUUAGAUUGCUAAUCUCACUCAUUCAGGAAAUGCCAAGAGGUUUUCUGUGGGGAUCUGGUGCCUCUUACUGUGUAAAUUCUCUCCUUACCUUUGCUAAUAUCAUGGCAGAAUUUUUCUUAUCCCUUGUGAGGCAGUUUGUUGACUGAGUUUUUCAUCCUUACAAUCCUGUCCCAUGGUAUUUAACAUAAAAAAUAAAACUGUUAACAGAUUCUUGCUCGGA